CGAGGAGCAGUCAGGCAGAGACUCCUCUCGGCUUUUUUCCCUCCUGCCUAAGGAUCUCCUACGGAGAGCUGCAACAAUGCCCAAAAGAAAGGCUGCAGGUGAUGCGAGCCAGGAGCCAAAGAGAUCGGCUCGACUGUCUGCUAUGCCUGUGCCCUUUACACCAGAGUUGAAACCUAAAAGAGCAUCAACUUCAAGGAAAACGAAGACCACAAAUGUUGUGGAAGAAAACAAAGAUGCAGGUGCCACAACAAUUCCUGAAACCAAGCCAGAAGUCGUUAAAGAAUAAUGCAACCUGGAAAAUGCUGAAAAUGGAGAAGCCAAAAUUAUUGAGGCACCCAUUUCUAAAAUGGAAACUGAGGAAGUAAAAGAACAGAUAAAUGAAGACACUGAAGGAGAUGGAGGAGAAAAGAAAGAAGCAGUGGUAACAGAAGGCAAAAAUGAUGAGCUAGAAGCAAACAUUCAAGAUGUGGAGAAAGAUGAAGAUGGAAAAGAGCACGAAGAUACAGGUGAGGAGGGAGAAGAUGGGAAAAGGGGAGAAGGCCUAAAAGAGAAACCAGAUGUAGCUGAAAUCGAAGAUGCAAAGGAGGCCAAAGAUGAUGAAGAGAAGGGAGACAAUGAAAAAGAAGAUGACAAAGGAGGUGAUGGGAAGAAGGAAGAAGAGAAAGAUGACGAGGGGGAAAGGAAACAGGGGGAUGAUGGGAAAGGUAAAGUAGAGGAAAACAAGGAAGGUGGAAAGGAAGGUCAGCAUGAAGAAGACAGAAAGGAAGAUCUGCAUGAGGAAGAUGGAAAAAAGAAGGCUGACGGAAACGAGGAUAGAAAGGAAGAAGAAGAGCAAGAGGUUGCUGCAGGUGAAGGGAAUGAUGAAAACAAAGACUUCAAACAAGAUGGAGAGAAAGAGGAGCCUCUGAGCAUUGUCUAA